CUACCCUGAAAAUAUUGCACAAUUUCUGAUUUUUUAUUGCACCCUAUCAGAUGGCCUGUCAACCGUUUAACUGCAUUGUAAAAGAACAUCCACUUGCACUUGGAAUAGGAAGCCGAUAAGGCAACCGAGAUGUUGUGUCAUGAGACUUGCAGUAUUUUAAAGAUAACAGUGUUAGGGUUACCCUAGCAAGAGGGUUACCCUAGCACUCGCAUAUUUCUUCUUUUUUCACACAACGUGGUUACAAGGCAGGUAGGGAUACCCUAGUGCUAGGGCUACCCUGGCAAGAGGGUACCCUGCCUGCCUUGAAAACGCUCAGCUAGGGAUAAGUCACCUACCCGAGUCAACUUUUCGUCGUCAUGCGUGACCAGUAGUUAUGCCAAUUUGAAUGGUAUUAUCCAAUUACUGAGCAUAAUUAUAAACGUCUGAAAAUUAAAAAGUUAUUUCCUGUCUAUAAUGAUAAUAUUUUAAUUAAUGUCUUUUUCACAGAGAACUUCAAGGUUAUUUUAAAUUUUGAACCUUUUUAAAGAAUGUCACGCAUGAGGAAACAUGUCAGCAAAGCUGGUAAAAUUGACCCAGGUGAUAGGGUAACCUUACCUGUGAAAUUUGCUUGUAAACCAGAGCUAACUUCAACCUGCUUGCUAGGGUAACCCUAGCACAAGGGUAACCCUCUCUCCUUGUAAACAGGCCCUAAGAGCAAGCCUCCAACUCCUGACAAACCAGUUGGAACACAUUGUCAAUUUCCCCUGCCAUCCCCCAAGAUUACAGAAUACCUAUCCACCUGCGUUGAACCUCAAAAAGCUGCCACCACAAUCCCAGAGUAGUCUACAGUUUACUUAUUCUAAGUAACACCCAAUUUAGUUUCAAUGUUUGUUAUGCAAUUUCAAAGCAAAACAAGCACUGCUCUACUCAUGUAAACUGUAGUUUACCUCGCUUUUUAAUCCACAAAUCCUAACCAAGCCAGUUGAAAAUAUAGCAUCCCAUCUACUAAAAAUGCGUUAUUCAACAACUAUAUGGGACCGCAGACUUUAGUGGCAGUCCAUUAACUGUUCAUUUUCAACAUUCUUAUUCAUUGAUUGUGAGACUGGGAACUACAGUCAAUGGUACAGUAGUCCAUUUAACUACUUGUUUAUAACAUUCCUAUUCAUCCACUAUGGGACAACAUACUGAGGUAGCACUCCAUUUCAAUUUAACUGCUUUUUUUAAUCCUCAUUCAAUAGCUUGCUACUGCAGACGUAUUUCCUGUCAUGGAGAGAAAUGACAACUCAAAAUAUGUCUGCAGUCGCUGCAGGCUACAUUCAAUGACUACAAGACCACAGUGUCAAUAUAGUACAAUGUACUGUAGUACAGCUUCUUAGUGGCCAGGUAUUCUGAAAUUGCUUCUAAAAAAGUGUCAAGAAUUUUGCUUUUCACCAGAAAGAGUAUUCAGACAUUCGCAUAUUUAGUAAUUGUGUGUUAUUGGAUUAAAUACAAAGACAUGGAACACUUUUGAAUCUGUUAUUCAGGAGAGCUUUUCAUGGUUAGUCUGCUUCCAAUCCUUACAAUUUUGGAACCAACUAUGUUUCUACUGGGGAGACCCCUUAAUAAAGAUGUCUGACUUUGGAACUUACUAUUUCAAUUAAUUAUCAAUCAUAUUUCAAGAUAUUUCUUUAUUCCACUGAUAUUAGUAUUAUAAAGGAAAUUAAAAGGGAGAUGUAAAGAAUCGACCAUAAGAGGACACAGAAAAAUUCUGAGCCCCAGAUGGGAUUUGACCCACGACCCUCAGUGUUCUAGAUUGGAUGCUCUAACCUCUGACCUACUGAGGACUCAUUGGUGAGCAAGGGUCAUUUUUGUGGGUUGAACUUGUGAAUCGCAUCAUGCGGUCACGCAGUCCAUCUCAAGUGACACAUUGUGACCCUUGCUCACCAACGAGUCCUCAGUAGUUCAGAGGUUAGAGCAUCUGAUCUAGAACACGGAGGGUCGUGGGUUCAAAUCCCAUCUGGGGCUCAGAUUUUUUCUGUGCCCUCUUAUGGUCGAUUCUUUACAUCUCCCUUUAUUUCCUUUACAUUUCUUUAUUACAAGAUUAUUAUUUUGAUUUCCAUCCCUUAUUUUGUAACAUUUGAUUUUCAGAUGCAGAGGAAAAAGGAAAAUUCUUUGGAGAACUUCCAUGCUUUCUAUUCUAAUCAAUUUGGCGAAGACUGGCGAUUAAUAUUUGAGGGACUAAAACUUCCAAUCCAGCACUGUGCAGUGGUCAACAAGUUUGCAGCUUUGGAAGAUGUUCAUCAAAAGCUAACCUCAACUGAGUUACAGCUUCAUAACCUAUCUCUCUUUUACAGUAACUCUGAAUGUGCUCAAAAUCAGUUCCAACUGGAUUGUUACUUCCCAAAUUCAGAAAACCAUAUGCGAUUUCCAAAGCAAGACAAAACAAACAAUGGAUAUUUUGAUUACUAUCUUCUGGAUGCUUCUUCAAUCCUACCUGUCCUUGCUCUUGAUCUCCAUCCUCACAGCACAGUUCUUGACAUGUGUGCUGCCCCUGGAGGGAAAAGUGUUCUUAUUUCACAGUUCCUUUCAAAUCAAGGUGCCCUUGUCAGUAGUGAAGUGUCAAACACACGACGAGCAAAUUUAGUUAAGGUGAGUAAGCUUAUCUGAGCUGAUUAGUCAUGUGAUGCAAACUCCAUGCUCUAUAGAGCAAGAAAAAGGCACUAUCCAGUAUGGCAUUUCUGUACUUCAUGACUAUAGAUACAAAUAGUUGUUUUCUGGAAAUAUUGCUUCACAAGCGCUGUGUUGAAUUAUAAAGUAAGGCUCUCCAUUCUAUUUUUUUCUUUGAUCCUAUUAUACUGAAUAUUAUUGUCCAGUAACAGAUAUGAUAAGUGACUAUAUAUCUCUGAUUUGAGACUGAUGCAAUUAUAGAUUUUGCUAAGGCUAAAAGCAAACCUUCCUGGAUGCUGAGUGGCCUAAGGGUUAUUCAAACUGAACUUAAGUUUAUAAGAUAACUGAACUUAAGUUUAUUAGAUAACUUCAAGAGCAUAGGCUUCUAAAAUGAAUGGUGAAAAAAAUGUUUCUUAGUUUUAAUUAACUUUUUUUUUAAGCUAAAUUAAGUGCUUUUUAAAUCGACAGAAAUUGUAAAUAGUGUUUUUGAAUGAAUAGUUUUUUCUUUUUUUUAAGCGAAUUAAUUGUAAAUAGGAUUUUAAUAGUUUUUAAAUAAAAUUGUCUAUUUUUAUUAUUAUUAUUAUUAUUAUUAUUAUUAUUAUUAUUAUUAUUAUUAUUAACGGUGACUGACUAUCACAUUUAUUUUCUCUUCAUUCUUUCAUUCAAGGUAAUAAAAGACUACAUACCCAAGAUUUCCAAAACUAAGGAAUUAGUGCAAGUCAGAAAUCUGUCUGGCUUCAAAUUUGGCGAGUAUGAACCAGCAACAUAUGACAGAGUAUUGGUGGAUGCGCCCUGUUCAUCUGAACGUCACAAUUUGCAAACACAUUUUGAGUUCAGUAUGUGGUCUGAUGUGAGUGCGCAGGCGAACGCAAAUCUCCAGAAAAAACUGCUUAUGUCAGCUGUACAAACUGUGAUCCCCGGUGGGACAGUGGUAUAUUCUACUUGUUCGAUGUCAUCUAUUGAGAAUGAUGGAGUUAUAGACGACGUUUUGUCGCUUUGUUCAGGGAGCAAACAACUAAAAGUUAACGUCGUGGACUCACAUUUUUCAAAUCAUCCGUUGGCAGAAAUGUUUAAUUACGUGGAAACGAAACAUGGAAUCCUCGUAUUGCCUUCCCAUACUAGGAACUGGGGUCCAAUGUAUUUUUGUAAGCUUCAGCGUUUUUCUGUGGAAUCUGAUUCUGCUUUACAAAGUAAACGCUUCGUAGUUUAA